GAGGAGAGUGGCAGCAGGAGUUAGCAGCCUGUUAGCUCUCUGCCGCUCUGGUAAAGUGGUUAUCUGUCAGCUAGCUGCUACUAGCAGCUGCCAAAAGUGAGCUGUCCGCACGGCGAGAGGCAAAACUUCACUGACUUUGAGACGUUUUCUCCAUCUACCGCUGGAUUGUAUUCUCUCUUUCAACAGCCAGUGGAUUUGUUUACAUCGCGAUGCCGCACAUGCUGGUACCCAGGUAGGGGAAACUAGCUACCCUCAGCUAACUCAGCUAGUCGGCGAGUAACACAUACAGGGCUAGCUGAGAGAGAAGAGUGGGCUGUGAGACCGGGCCCGCCUCAGACUAAAGUACCGGCCGCAGCUGCUGAACAAGAACUUUGACAAGGGCCUGUUUGCAACUCCGCUGCCGAGACGCGAGGAAGGCCGACCCGGGCUGUGAGAGGAGCCGGAGCAGGAGGGACAACAGGCGCCUGUGUGCUGCGACCGGACACCGCGGAACAUUUGGUGAGUUUCGCGGGGUCUGGCCCCGGUUGUGACACUUUUCUCCGACACGAGAGAGGAAGAGGAACGGUAUGGAAAUGUCCUGUGACGGUACGUGUCUGUGUCGUGUCCCUCAGCUGUGAAUUACUUCGCAAGACAUUAGUCCAGCACUUUGUUUCAUCUGGAGGGGGCAGACGGACUUGACGCAGAUAAGUCAACAUGUCGAAAAUGCCGGCUAAGAAGAAAAGUUGCUUCCAGAUCACGAGUGUAACGCAGGCUCAGGUGGCGGCCAGCAGCAUCACCGACGACACCGAGAGCCUGGAAGACCCGGACGAGUCCCGGACAGAGGACGUGUCGUCGGAGAUAUUUGACGUUUCUCGGGCCGACAUGGGGGUGUGUGAGAGGAGUUCAUCGGAGGAAACCUUAAACAACGUAGGAGAGCAUCAGGAGGGCCAGCCGUCUUCCACAGGUCCUGUCAACGGGGGGCUCAAUUACAAAAGUAUAGGCACUGGUCGUGUCACCCCACAUCAUUUAGGAGGAAGUGUGCCUGUGCCAGCUCCAGCUCAGCCCUUUGUUCCAAGCUCAGCCACCCAUCCCUCCACAGUCAUCAGUUCGGCCCCUGCUGCCGCUGUCUCUACUAACGUGGCUCCCACCGCUCCUGGGAGCGCCAGCUGUAGUUCCCGUUUCAGGGUCAUUAAACUCGACCAUGGUACAGGAGAGCCCUUCAGACGGGGCAGGUGGACAUGCACUGAGUUCUAUGAGAGGGAUUCGGAUUCAAAUGUUAAUCGAACUGUGGACAGCAUAAAGCCAACUGUAACCCUUGACCACAGUACAGACAGGGACAGCGGGCUCGGGGCCACCAGUAACUCUGUGCUUACUAGCAGUGCUUUUUCUGCACAGGCUUUGGAGACCACCGCGGACAGUGGUUAUUCCACCGGGCACCCUGCCCACCCCCACCCUUCAGAGCCUCUGCAGCAAGGCUACAGCUUGGCUCCUCAGAUAGGGAGCGGGGCAAGUGCCUUCCAGCCCACUGGGUUUACAACUACAGCAUCACAGCAAGCGCAACAGGCACAAGUCACUAUGCAUCCUGUUGCUCCCCAAACCUUCCUCUCUAACAGCCUCAACGGUGUGCACCAAGGUGCCAUGAAGCAGUCUCCCAUUAUGCCUCCUGCCACGCAGGCCCAGCAGUUUGCCUAUUCUACUCACCCCACUGGCCUCUCACCUGGCCAGCCGGACUACCGUCAGCAGCACUUUGGCUCAAGCACUCAGAACUUUGCCAUGUCGGCCCUCUCUGUGGGGCCUCCAACCAGCCAGGUACCCUCGCCUCUAAUCACCAGUGCUGGUCCCGGAGCCCUGGGGCUGGGCGGAGAGGCAGGCCCAGCCCAGGGCCUCUUGCUGCAGGCGGGUAAUGCACCAACCAUGGCCCCCAUUCUUCCAGGAAAUGGCCAACAGCAGCAUGUCAGCCAGACGCAGCCUUCAGGAGGGAUAGGCAUUGCACCCGCACCUUCCACCACAGCCACCUCCCACAGCAGUGUCCAGAACGCGCCUGCCACAGUGCCCACUACCACCAACACCGCCCUGGUUGGAGCCCACGGAGGUGUCAUAACUGGCCUUCCCGCCGGCUUCACUAUCCAGGCAGAAGAUAUUAGGCAGAAGUCUGAUGCCCUACCUCAGCCCAGUGCCGGUGUGGUGCCGGGGAAAGAUGGUGUAAAUCCCUUCAUCGGCGAGGGCCUCAACCUGCCCACUCCUGCUGUCAACAGCUUGUUUGGCAUCCAUAUUACCAUGAAUGUGGAUGAGGACAGGUAA